AUGGCUCAACGCAGUUCCCGCGCUCCUCUCUACAUUGGUCUCGCCGCCGCCGGUGGUGUAGGUUAUUAUUUAUAUAGCGCAGGCGGAAGUCCCAAGGUUGCUGAGAAGCAAUUUGAAAGUGAUCUCUCCCGUGCUUCCGCAAAAGUAAAGUCCGAGAUCCCAGGUCGCACCACACAAGCUCAAAAGGAAGCCGAGAAAUGGGGUUCUGAAGCUGGUGCUAAGCUUGAUUCUGCUACCAACCAAGCCCGCGCCGAACUCGCCAAAGCCGAAGGAAAAUUCGAGCAAUACAAGAACGACGCUGCCCAAACCACCAUGAAGAAGAUCGACGAAGUAGACCGCAAAGUCGAGGCCGAAGCUGCGAAGGCUAAGAGCGGUAUUUCCAGCUGGUUUGGCGGGAAAUAA